AUGGCGCGGCGAAAGUCUUUCGUACCAGCAUCUUUUCUGCAUGAUCCCACCGACACAAAAAGCAAAGAUCACCCAUUAACACCAUUCAUCGGAAGCACUCGAUUAUACGAAAAAUCGAUCGGAACUUUCUACGGAUGCGCUUUCAAUCCAUUCGUCUCGAAAGACGAAAAUCCAAUUGCAGCGGCAGUUGGAAACGACUGUAUUAAAAUUUUCUCAUUUCCACCCUACCAGCCGGAAAUCCUCAAGCUAGCUAGUAUUCAGUUAGACAAUAAAGACAGCCUCUACACUGUCACCUGGUGCUAUGAUGACGAGGAGGACUCUCAGAAUCCGCACAAAAUUGUGACCGGCGGUGAAUCUGGAGUCAUUUAUGUCAUCGACGCUGCAACAUCAUCACUGGAUCUUCAAUUAGUGGGUCAUAUGGACGGUGUGAAUGAUAUUCGAACGUCUCCGAAGAAUCCGGCGUUGAUUGCGACGGCUUCGAAAGAUGUGACCAUUCGCAUCUUUCAUAUUCGAGCACAAACAUGCUUGCUGAUUCUUGGUGGACACCAAGCCCAUUUGGAUAGUGUAAUUUCAGUGGACUGGUCUCAUGACGCUUCCAAGCUUUUUAGCUGUGGUCACGAUCAUCGAGUGGUCGGUUGGGAUUUGACUCAAAAACCAGUGGAAAGUCAUUUGAGAGAAUGCAUGAGCAGAGUUAAACACAUUGCCAAGUUGAGAAGCGUUAGAGCAUACAAGAAUGAGAUGCAACGGGAACUGGAGAAGCUUUACAACAUCGACGGCCACAGUCUGAUUUUCUGUCGACCAUCUCAUGUCAUCACCAACGUCCAUUACGGUACUGUCGACUGUGUUCGCACGAUCCAGUUGAACAAUCAAAACUACAUUUUAUCGAGAAGUUGCGGUGGUGAUAACCACAUUUCGCUGUGGAGAUUGGGAAAAAUGAAUCGAUCAGAGACUGUUGUUGAGGAGGGAUUUCGAACCGAUCACUUUCUGAUCGCCAAGAAAAAGUUGACUGAUGCAGAAAUCUGGUUCGGAAAGUUCGAAAUGGAGCCGAAUAAAAAACGAUGGCUUUCAACAAUUGGUGAUUCUGGAACUGUGCAUUUCUAUGAUAUGCGCAAUCAGUUAAACGACGAGCCAUUUAUGACCAUCAAAGCGAAUCCGAAAGGUGUCAUGACCCGCCAAGUGGCAUUUUCACCCAAUGGACAGAUUGUGUUCGCAGUUGGCGAUGGUGGAUUCGCUUGUCGCAUCGAUCGAGUGCCUGCUAGUGGACCGUCGGUGCCGAAGGACAUUUGGAAGCCCAUCAAAUGA